AUGUCAUUCACUAUUGCCUCCCGUGUUGAGAGCGGUUUCCCCCCGGGAGCACAGGACCCCGUCCCGUUCGAGAUUAGCACCUCACCCGGGCAGGACGCCGCAGAGCCCGAAGGCAGCGAAGAGGAGGCUCCGGGCCGGUUGUUUGCGGUUCACGGAGAGGAUGUCUUUUUGUAUCCCAUCUCCGACGACUUGGUCUGGAUUACCAGGGAACUGAGGACCAUUCAAGAGAGACUGCAGCAAUUCCGAAAGAUCUGCACAGACAGUGAUGACGGGGACUGCUGUCCGUCUCAGGCCCAGGUGGAGCUCUCUCUGCAGGGCUUGUUAAGCUCUCUUGAGCCCCUUCUCCAGAGGUACCCGGCUGUCCACUCCCAGUCCGUCCGUAGAGCCAUCGCCGCUGUCCGCGACUCCGCCAACGAGCUGAAUUGUGAAGCCAGAGGCAAGGAGAAAUGCAAGAGAUACAGCGAGAUCUUCAGAGAUUUCGACGCCCUGGAGAUCUCCAUUGGGAACUCGGUGGUGGACACACUUCUGGGGGACGCUGACACCCAGUCAAUAUCCACGACGGCCUCCUUGGAGACGCAGGACACAGACGAGCUGCCAUCCGAUGAAGGUUUCUGUGUGGAGUACAGGAGAGACUCUGAGGACAAGGAACUGUCUAUCAUUACAGCUCAGAAUGCCGACGCUGCUUUGCUGCGCAGCGAGGGGGGCGUGGAGACCGCGCUGCUCUACGCCAAGCUGUGGUGCAAAUAUGCUAAGGAGCUGCUUGCCUGGAUGGAGAGGAGACUCAGUCUGGAAUUGGAUUUUGCCAAAAAUAUCAUUAGAACUGCUGAGGCCGCCAAGUCAUCUGUUGCUUCACAGGUAACAGAGAGACCACACAGACUCCAACAGCCCUCCACGCUGUCACACUGUACCAGCAGAGAGACCAUCCUCACCCUGAACACCACACAGACUCCAACAGCCCUCCACACUGUCACUGUCACACUCUACCAGCAGAGACCAUCCUCACCCUGAACACCACACAGACUCCAACAGCCCUCCACACUGUCACACUGUACCAGCAGAGACCAUCCUCACCCUGAACACCACACAGACUCCAACAGCCCUCCACACUGUCACUGUCACACUGUACCAGCAGAGAGAUCAUCCUCACCCUGAACACCACACAGACUCCAACAGCCCUCCACACUGUCACUGUCACACUCUACCAGCAGAGACCAUCCUCACCCUGAACACCACACAGACUCCAACAGCCCUCCACACUGUCACUGUCACACUCUACCAGCAGAGAGACCAUCCUCACCCUGAACACCACACAGACUCCAACAGCCCUCCACACUGUCACACUCUACCAGCAGAGACCAUCCUCACCCUGAACACCA